UCAGUGUGUCUACUCGCUCAGUGUCUCGCUGCCUCUGCAGGGUGCUGUAUACAGUAGCAGAGCCAUGGCUUUUCUCAUCCUGCUUUCCCUGUGCCUGCUCAGCUGGAGAGGCACAUGGGGACAGCAAGAUGUUGCACGAGUGGAGGUGAAAGAGGCCAAAGAGGGCGGCACAGUCAGAAUUCCCUGCAUGAGCUACGGCUCUGAGCACUCUUGGCAUCCCACCAUUCAGUGGCUUUAUGAGAAAAACGGAAUGCAAAAGAUGUUGACCAACGGGACGUCUAUUGAGGACUCAGAGCUGAAGGAGAGAGUGACACUGGGAGAACAUUUUAGGCUAAUAAUUCGUAGCGUUCGUGUUCAAGAUGAAAGAAUUUUUAUCUGUCGGGCGGCGAACACAAGCUCUGUAUCCAAGGAACACCACGUCCAGUUACGUGUAUACAAAGCUCCAGAGCCACCAGAAAUGAAACUGGUGGAUGUGGGAAUACUGCUGGACAACGACAGUGUUGAGAUUGGGAGCUGUGAAAGCAAAAACGGAUAUCCUUCACCAAAUAUUACUUGGUAUAAGAAUGGUUUUCCUUUGAGGGACGGACAUGCAGAUGUGAAAGUCUCGUAUCAGUUGACUCAAGAGUCCAGUGGUUUUUACACAGUUUUGAGCAGUCUGUUCAUUAAUGUCCAGCAAUCUGAUGACAACUCUGUCUUCUACUGUGAAGUCUCAUACUCUCUUCCAGGACACCUUAUGAUGAUGGAGUCCGCAAAAGGGAACAUCACAGUGUAUUACCCCAACACACAGCUAACCAUGUUUAAGAAGAGCCCAACCGAAACAGUAAAGGAAGGAGACACUGUGGAGCUGAAGUGUGAGGGCAAUGGAAAUCCACAACCUGAAAUAACUUACUACAAGAGAGAUGAGGAUCGUGACCUGGGAACUGGCCCAUCUUUAAUUCUGAAGAAAGUUGAGCGUGGGGACUCUGGUGGCUACAGUUGCGUGGGGACAGACUAUAAUUAUUUUAGUUCUGAUUUGUCUGCUGACAUAGAGCUUCAAGUGCAUUUUUUGGAUUCACCAAAGUUGUCUGAAGAAUCUCCAGUUGUGGUAAAACUAGGAGAAGAUUUGAGAGUCUCUUGUCAAGCAAAUGGAUCCGUUGAGACUGAGAUAACAUGGACGAGAAAGGAAAAUCUUGAAGCAGAGGGAAUGUUUCUGAAUCUUAAUGAUGUAAACUAUGGCAUGUCGGGAAUCUAUACGUGUUUGGUUGACUUACCUGCUGUACCGGGCCUGAAUGUCAGCAUGGACUUGGAAGUUAUUAUUACAGGGAGACCAGAAGUGCAUCUAACCUCUCAGCAUAUAGCUGUAGAAGAAAACCAAAUGGUGACUUUGACGUGCCAAGCAAUUGGUCAUCCGGUUCCGAGCAUUAUCUGGUCCAUUAAUGGCACAGUGGCAGAAAUAAUUGACGGACUUGAAGUGACUAGUGACCUGACCUUCCCUGUUACCCAUGACCUGAUAAACGUAACAGUCACUUGUGAGGCUUCUAACACACACGGCAACAGCCAGGGAGAAGUCCAACUCGAGCUAAAACCAGUCUCAAUCAUUACAAGCGCAGCUCCCGUAACUACAGUUACAACUGGUACCAGCUCAGAGCCCACAAAAGCCGGGAGUCACGGCGUGGUGAUUGUGGUCGUCAUCGUGUGCAUCCUUCUCUUGGCGAUCCUGGGAGCCGUGCUUUACUUCCUUUACAAAAAGGGGCACAUUCCCUGCGGCCGCUCUGGGAAGCAGGAUAUUACAAAACCCAGUGAAAAGGAUCAAAUUGUAGUGGAAAUGAAACCAGAUUCUCCAGCUGAAGAAUCUGUGCUCCUACCUGGAUCCCAAGAGAAGAAGCCACCAGGAGAACAGGAAAAGUACAUGGACCUGAGAAAUUGAACGGUGUAAUGCGGGAGCAUGGAGUGACCAGCUCUUUUCCAAUCUGACUACUGGGACUUAUACAAGUACAUCGCGAAGUGGGCAAACCAUCUGGCCUCUCUGACCCUGUAAACUGCCCUGUAUAUUUAUACCAGGUUACUUAUUCGUCUAAAAACCAACUUUGGGACCUGAAUAUUCUGCAGCUGGCUCGUAAUUACUCUUAGUUCUUAUGAAUGACUGGUUACCCAUGACAAGCCCAAGACUUAAUUUAUUCUUAAGUGACCUUUAUGGCCUGCAACUUUAUCUUUCUAAUGUGUUACACUGCCCGGGGUGCCUCCAUUGCAUUGAUAGCAGGGCAAGGGGUAUUCUGGUUACUUGAAAGGUAAAGGUAGAGUUGUGGCCCCUAGCAGACUAAGCACAAAACAGAAUAGAUAAAACAGACUGAAAGCAAGCACUGACAAUCCCUAUUGCUACUCUCUUCCAUCCUACUGUGUGGCCUUAGGUCCGCUUCCAUGCACUGUUUUAUUGUUAUUUGAAUGUAAAAUGAUAUAAUCGGAUUUCAUUGUUACAUCUAUAGAAGGGCCGGCAUAGCUUCUUCUCUCUUGAACAGAACCCUGCAGGAUACACCCUUUCAACAGCACAUACCAAUGAAAUGUCUCUAUAUAAAGUAUAUAUGCAUAUAUAAAUAUAUUUGAGUCUGUAAAUUUAAAGUAUCUAAUUAUGCGUUGCCUACUUUUUUUAAGUAUGUGAAAAUAAAGAGUUUGUGUCAGUUU